AAUUCUGACUACGCGUUUGAAAUCGUGAAGAGCAAUAUCGACGUUGUUUGUUUGAUGUGCUCCGACUUUCAGAAGUACCUAUCAGACUAUCACUACCUCUCGCCGAGCAGAUCAGGCAACCAUGACAUAAAAACCGCGCUAAAGAACUUCCAGAAAUUCUUUGGUCUGCCUGUGACUGGCGAAUUAGACGAAGAAACUUUAUACCAAAUGAAGAAACCACGAUGUGGGGUCCCAGAUGUUGAUGAAAAUGGCGGGCGUUUGCGCAUUAAACGAUUCAGUACAUGGGGAAAGUGGCGUAAAACAGAUCUCAAGUACUACUUGUCUUUUGGCGAAGACAUGUCAGAAGCGGAUCAGGCUAGAGUUAUGGCUCGGGCAUUUCAAAUGUGGAGCGCCGUGGCAUCUAAGCCGAAGUUUACAAGAACUCUUUCAGUUUCGAAUGCAGACUUCAGAAUCAGGUUUACUGUCAUCAAUUUAACUUCGCAUUUAUUCGUCCGAGCAGUUUUUCAUUCAUCCAUUUAUAUUCUUACUGUUAUUCAUUCAAUCUCUCUUCCUCCCUUUCCUUCAUUUUCCUUUCCUUCCUUUAUUUCACAAUCCAUUUUUUCACCGCAUCGAUCGAUCAAUCGAUCAUUUAUUCAGUCAAUCAGUCAGUCAGUCAGUUUAGUCAGACAGCUUGUUCAUUUCUUCGCCUGUCUGUCGAGUUUUUUUUUUUUGGUCAUUUUCUUCUUUUGAGCUUCGAUUGGUUGUUUCCAUGAGCAACUCUUUUCUUUAUGGCGGUUUGUUUUUGCUUGUUUGGUCAGUUGCUGACCUUUAAACUUGGUUCCAAUUAUUUCCAUGUUCCGAUAAAGUUCCAAGUUCCAAUAAAUUUCCAUGAGCAACUGUUUUCUUUAUGGCAGUUAGUUUUUGCUUGUUUGGUCAGUUGCUGACCUUCAAACAUGGAUUGUCGUUGCUUUUCUGCCUGGUGAUUUUAGUUUUCUGAAACAGGCUACAAAAUACACACAAUGCUGUGCUGCAUAAAUGAUGCAAAUUAAUUUCGCCAAAUUUUAUGCGCUGUUGUGACUGAAAUUUCGACGACAUCUGAAAAGAAAAUUACACCCUGUUAAAUUAUCGGUGUUUGCAUAUCAAAAAAAAUUUCUUUAUCACAAGCUACUGACUGGUGAUUCAUUUUCAGUUUUGGUAAAAGAAAGCACUCUGGUGUCCCAGGCGAAAGGCAGUGUUAUUCCGACUUUGAUGGUAAAGACAAGGUUCUGGCUCAUGCUUUUUAUCCACAAGAUGGUCGACUUCAUUUUGACGAUGAUGAAUACUUCACCGAGACUGGUUCAUGGUGGAAUGGAUCACAGAGCCUACUUUAUGUUGCUGUGCACGAGAUUGGUCACGCCUUAGGACUUAGACACUCUGACGUGAAGGGCACAGUGAUGUGGCCGACUGCAAGCCGAGGUACACCCAAGCUGCAUCAGGACGACAUUGAUGGGAUAAGGUCGCUCUAUGGUAUGUGGAAAGCUCUUAAAAAGGAAGUUGAUUGGGAAGUUUUCUCGCUUCUUUUAGCAAGACUGAACUCUGUAAUCGAUAACUUAGAUACCUACUUCAGUGGAUCUUAG